CUAUAGCAGAGUAACUAGUUUUUAGUAGAUUUUAUGAGGUUGAAGACCAUCAAUGGCUAUCUGCCGUGUUUACAUAGACAAACUCUAUUCGAUCGAAGAACCUCAACGCUGCUCAACCCGCAAAGUGAACUCACCCAGUCCAUCGCCAUCUUCUCUUUCUUUCUUCUCGAUAACAGCCACACAUCCUCGCAACACCUCAACAAUGCCAAUGAUGCCCGAGCUCGAAGGCGCGGAUCCGGAAAUCAAAACAUCGCUGCCCGCCGAUGUCAUCAGCUUGCUGCGAUCUACCCGUUUCCUCCAACUCGGAACUUCUUACCACGACUAUCCUCAUGUUAGUCUGAUGAACCACACUUACCUGCCCGAGGGAUCGGCGCUGCCGUACGAUUCGGACGCGCUCAUCGUCGUCACUACUGAGCGACAGACAAAGAAGUUCUUCAACAUCUCAGCCAACCCCCGGGUCUCGAUCCUCGUCCACGACUGGGUCGCAAAGCAAACAAACCCCGUCCCUUCGAACGCGGGCCCGAACGGUCUCACGCAGUUCCUGCUCUCGAUGAACCAAGCCGAGCUGUCGAGCAUAUCCGCGACCCUGAACGGCGUCGCGCGGAUAGUCACCGACCCCGAGGAGGAGAAAUUCUUCAAAGAAAAACAUCUCGCUGCGAAUCCGACCGACGCGCGCACUUUUAUCGAUACGGAUGAUUCGGCGCUGAUUGUUAUCAAGGUGUCCAGCGCGCGCGUUGUCGAUACUGAUAAUAACCUUGUCAAGUGAGUCUAUUUUUCUGUGAGUGUCGUUAAAAACUCUAGCUGAUGACUUUUUAUCGCAAUAGGUGGAAGGAACCGGGCGCUGCUUCUACUCCCGUGUCUUCAGGCCAGCAGAACGGAGCUGCUACUAACGGUACCUCAUAAGACUUUUAAUCAAAAUCUUCUACUGUAUCGCAAAAUAACGUCAACGAUUCUAUUUUACAAAGAAG